AUGAAGGGAAAUAAUGGAAAUCCACUAGCUUUGACAUCCUUAAAUCAUAUAUCCCGUGUUUGUACAUCACUUGAAGAAUCUAUUGAUUUUUACAAAAAUGUUCUUGGAUUUAUCCCUAUAAGAAGACCUACAUCUUUCAAUUUCAAUGGGUUAUUUGGUCAUGGGAUAGGGAUUCAUUUACUUCAGUUGGAAGAUUCAGAAAAAUUGCCAAAGAAAACUGAAAUUAAUCCCAAAGACAAUCAUAUAUCUUUCCAGUGUGAGAGCAUAGAUGGAGUGGAGAAGAAGCUUACAGAAAUGGGGAUUGAGUACGUUAAACAGCUAGUUGAAGAAGGAGGGAUAUAUGUGGAUCAACUCUUUUUCCAUGAUCCAGAUGGAUUUAUGGUUGAAAUUUGCAAUUGUGAUAAACUUCCUAUCAUUCCACUUGUUGGGGAGAUGGCUAGGUCUUGCUCCACACAUAAUCUUCACACAACAUCACAAAUGGAAUAUGUCCCACUCAAUUAUAUUCCUUAA